CCCUUGUACCGCAUGCCACGCCUUAAUCCCUGUCCCCUCUCCUUAAACCUUUUCCCGACAUUCUUCCAGACCACCGUCCUCUGAAGUUCAUCCAGGCUACAGAGUAUCGUCGUCGUCGAGUAUAUUGCCUGCACUGGAGUAUUUUGCAUAUUGCAUCUCCACCACGAUCGUUUUCACCGAGACAACACCGACCAAAUUGCGCGCGAACUGCCCCGGUUUCCGUCAUACUCAACGUGGAACCUCGCCCUUGGAACUGACGGCCUCUGAGGACGACAUAUGAUGCUUUUAGAGUCCUCGACCUCUCGUUAGUGUCUUUCCAGGGCCACGCGCCUCGUCUGUCUCGCAGCACCAUGCGCUUUUCCAAACCCUCGUUCCUGCCCUUCGCGAAGAGCUCCAGAAAGGCAAACAUCCUCGCUGUCUUCCGCCAUGCUCGCCGGAACCCACGCGACUUCGUCAGCCGCUUGUGGUGCCCGCGAACUAUCGCCAAAUCGUUGGUCUUUCUCUCCGGUCUCGUCGUCAUCGGCACCGCCAUUGCGGAAAUUCUGCUCUAUGUCCGCACAGGGAAGAACAGUCGUAUAGGCACCACGGUCAUCAACCCGUUCAUACCGCUCGCUCGUCCCAGUGUCCAAGUGUACCAGGGCAUCUAUAGAGGCGGCACCGCCAAGACUGGCCAUGUCUUCGUCGAAAGAUUCCUCGGUAUUCCAUAUGCACAGACGACGGGUGGAUACAACAGGUUUAUGCCGCCGGUGAAGAUGAUGGCAGGAAUGGGAACGCAUGACGCGAGAAAUUGGGGCCACAAGUGCUGGGGAGGUCCAGACGGCCCUGACCAGAGGUCGGCAGAUGAUUGCUUGAAUAUCAAUAUUUGGCGGACACGAGGCGUGAAGGAAAACCAGAAUGUGCCAGUUGCUGUUUACUUUCACAGCGGAUCAUUUAAUUUUGGGAGCGGUGCUGAAAGGGACAUCGCGAGUUUUGUGGCAUGGAGCGUGGAUCCAAUCAUUGGUAUCUCGGUGAACUAUCGAGUUGGUGCGUUGGGCUUCUUGAGCUCCAAUCUUACCGCCGAGGAGGGCAUUUUGAAUCUCGGUUUGAAGGAUCAAGCAGCUGCCCUGGAAUGGGUGCAGGAAAAUAUCCGCAUGUUUGGCGGAAACAAGGAUCGAGUCACCAUCUGGGGAAGCUCAGCGGGUGCACAUGCCGUUGGCCACCACCUCAUGAAGAUUGACGUCCCCGCACGCUUCCAGGGAGCUAUUAUGGAAUCUGGCGCUCCAACAGCUCGCGCCGUUUAUCCAUAUAACCAUCCCCUCCACGAGGAGCAAUAUCAAAAGUUUCUCGAACUUACCGGCACCUCUGAUAUCCCCGACGAGUCAAAGAUGACACAUCUUCGCUCCAUCGAUAUAGAGACAAUUGUCGCUGCCUCAGAGUCAGUUUUCCAGCAAUACGCCCCAUCUCUGCGCUGGCCCUUCCAGCCCGUCAUUGAUGGACCCGGAGGCAUGAUCCCAUGUGCACCCCUCGAGAGCUGGAAAGCGCGAGCAUAUCACAAAGUCCCUAUCCUGACUGGCUUCAACACCAACGAGGGCAGCAUGUUCGUGGACACCGCCGCCGACGAUCCAAAGGAGUUCGACGAGUUCUUCCAGACACUGAUACCGAAUUUUACCGAGAAGGACAUGAGAGAGCUGAACGAGCUGUACCCAGACCCUUCAAAGUCUCCUGAGCCUGAGAGCAAGUAUACCGAGGACCGCCCGGGUGUUGGCAGGCAGUACAAGCGCCUCGCACGCGCGUACGGUGACUACGCAUAUAUCGCGCCGGUUCGUCACACAGCGCACUUCGCGAGCGCAUUGGAUAGGCCCGAUGAUGCGGAUGUGUGGAUGUAUCAGUUCGACGUGAACCAAACGGUGAUUCGUGGCGCGAAUCAUGGUGACCAGGGAGAAUACGUUGUGUACUCGCCCAGUGUGAGAAAGCUGCCAUGGAGCAGACAAGGCGCGAUUGGCGAGCAGAUGCACGGUUAUUGGACGAGCUUUGUGAUCUCUGGCGAUGUGAAUGCAGUCAAGAAGGGCCGCGUUAAGAAUCGUAGCACAUGGGCCCAGUAUGGAAAGAGAGGCAGCAGCGCGAAGAUGGUGUUUGGGGAGCAUAAUAACCAGCGAGCUGGAGGGAAAGAUGAGGGGGCCUUGACGGAGAACCGACCGGAUCUGUGGGGUGAUGCAGAGGGAGAUUUCUGGUGGGCAAGGACGAUGUUGACGGAGAGGAUAUGAGGGGACGCCCGGGGGGGCGAUGAUGGAUGCGAUGUGACGAUUAUAGACGGAACUUUCCAACGACGUGUUUUUGUGUCAGGAGUUUCAUAUGGCGAGGGUGUGCACAGGCGCGAGAGUUCUAGGAGUGAUUGGGAUAGGACAUUCAUCUUGCAGCAUAGUAUUCAUUCACGCUGUUUAUUCUAGUUUAGUUGUGCGAAUAGUAAUGCUCAUCCAAAUUACUGUGGUGA